GGCAGAGACAAUACCGCGCCCCCGGAGCCGGGCUGCCCGGAGCGCCCCUGCCCCGCUCCUCUCCCACCAUGAUGUCCAUGAACAGCAAGCAGGCGUUCAGCAUGCACCCCAUCCUGCACGAGCCCAAGUACCCCCACCUGCACACCAGCUCCGAGGCCAUCCGCAGAGCCUGCCUGCCCGCCCCCCAGAUCCAGGGCAACAUCUUUGCGGGCUUCGACGAGACCUUGCUGCGGGGUGCCGAGGCUCUGGCCGCUGUGGAUAUAGUAUCGCAGAAAACCCACCCGUUCAAGCCGGAUGCCACCUACCACACCAUGAGCAGCGUGUCCUGCACUCCUACCUCGUCCUCCGUGCACCUGCACCACCCGUCCGUGCUGACCACGCACCAUCCCCACCACCACCACCACCAGCCCUCCCAGGGCCUGGAGGGCGAGCUCCUGGACCACCUCAACUCUGCCCUCCCUCUCGGAGGGGUGCCGGGGCCAGACGUGGGCUCCACACCUUCGCACCCUCACUCCCACAUGUCGGCCAUCAACCACAUGGCCCACCACUCCCAGCCUAUGAACAUGUCCCACACCCACGGCCUCGCUUCCCACGCUGUCAUCUCCGGCCCCGAGACGGAGACGGACCCGCGGGAGCUGGAGUCCUUCGCCGAGCGCUUCAAGCAGCGGAGGAUCAAGCUGGGGGUGACCCAGGCGGACGUGGGCUCCGCGUUGGCCAACCUGAAGAUCCCGGGGGUGGGCUGCCUUAGCCAAAGCACCAUCUGCAGGUUCGAGUCCCUCACCUUGUCCCACAACAACAUGGUGGCCCUCAAACCCAUCCUAGAAGCGUGGCUGGAGGAGGCCGAGAGGGCUCAGAGGGAGAAAAUGACCAAACCGGAGAUCUACACAGGGGGGGACAAGAAACGCAAGCGCACCUCCAUCGCCGCCCCCGAGAAGCGGUCGCUGGAGGCUUACUUCGCCGUGCAGCCGCGGCCAUCCUCGGAGAAAAUCGCUGCCAUCGCCGAGAAGUUAGACUUGAAGAAGAACGUGGUGCGGGUCUGGUUUUGCAAUCAGAGACAGAAGCAGAAAAGGAUGAAAUUUUCUGCCACUUACUGAAGAAGGGGCUGGGAAGGUGGGGGGGGGGGAGUGCCUGGUCCCCCCCCUCCCCAGCCCCUCUGAAGUGGGCAGGGUUUGGGAUGAUUUUUUUGUUGUUGUUGUUUAAAAAAAAGUCGAAG